CCAGGAACAAGGCCGUCCCCGUCAAAGCCUCUGGAAACGCAACCGGCAAUUACCGGAGGCGUACGGAGAGGAUGUCGUCCGGUGAAAGCCACCUGGUACACAUGGGAUGUCGGGUUGCGACAACCUUCGAAAGACUGCCUUCUCGCCCCCACCGGCCCAGGACCCUCUCCCACUUCUUUUCGAAUCCUUUUUGAACCCUAUCAGCACCCGGUGGCGUACACAGUCGUCGACGGACCAUUUCAUACAUUGCUCACUGAUGUUAGCGAAAUUCUUAAUUUUGGCGUGCGCUCUUCUGCAGUUGACCUCAGGAGCGGACGACAAAUGGGUCUGGGGAAGUGGAAGGAGCGUCAAACUCGCCAAGCUAGAUAAUAAUGGAAGAUAUGGGGUUUAUGAUCCUGAUGUACCUGAUGAUGUGUAUCGACCCUUGGUGAGGCCACCUCCUAAAGAAUUUCCAGCACUCGUCAGGCCAUCUUCAUCAUUUAACGAGAGACCUUUCCCUCGACCUUCAUUUACUUCUGACAACAGGCCAUACAGGCCCUAUGAGUCCAACAGGCCAUAUGAGUUCAAUAGGCCCAAUAGACCCUUCGAGUCUAACAGGCCAUAUGAGUCUAACAGGCCUUAUGAGUCUAACAGGCCUUAUGAGUCUAACAGGCCUUAUGAGUCUAACAGGCCUUAUGAGUCUAACAGACCCUAUGAACCGAGUAGACCGUAUGAACCAAGCAGACCUUAUUUUCCAAGCAGACCUGUCGAACACAACAGGCCUUAUGUGCCAUCCAAGCCAUUCCCAGACAGAACACCUUCACCACCAGCAAACAGAGCAGAAUCUACUGAUCCAACGAAAUUCGAUAAAUGCAAAUGCACACACUCUUUCAACUGUAAAUCGCCCGGGAUUGUUUUUGGAAGCUGUGAUGUUGGUAAAAAAUACUGCUGUGAAAAAUACAGGAAUGCCCCAGCGAGAGGACCGGGUGGACCAACUUAUGACCUUGCUGAACCUGAAGUGCUUGCUGGACCAGGAGGACCUGUAGACCACUUGUACAAAAAUCCUCGGCAGCAACCUUGUGAGGGGCUACGCUGUUACAACUCGUACACUCAGGGCAGGCAGCCUUAAGCUGAAGACGCCUGUGAUUUCUGUCUUCCUCGAUGUUCCUAAUUUCUUAAAAACUUUAUUUAAUAAAAAUUAAUGAAUUUAUUUAUAAAGUUGAAUAUUUAUUUUUCUUAAUAAUA